ACAUAUAUGGCAACAAAAUUCAAACAAACAAAAACCAAUAUCAUUAAAAUACCAUUCAUUUUUUUUGAAUUUUUGGAACGUUCAUAAAUGCUGUAAUAAUGGCAAAACCCUAAACAAUUACAAUCCCCUUUUUUUAUGCAUUACAGCUGCUUCUUUCUCAUCUUUUCUUCUUUCAAAUUUCAGCAAAUGAUAUUCUCUUUUAUACCCAUUUCUUGAUUUCUUUCCUAAUUUCUGAUCAAUUCACUUCCUCUGUUUCUUCUUUUACUCUCUCUCUCUCUGUCUUUUGGUAUAAAUCUUUCAAAAUCUUUUUUUUUUUAAAAAAUAAGACUUUAUCAUUUGAAAUUAAUUAUUAAGGAGGACCCUCAAUUUCUAACGGGAAGUCAACUUUAAUCUCUUUCUUAAUCUGCAUUGGCCCAGGUUACCAAAUGGGUAGGAACUUGAGCCCUGUUUUGCGUCAGGAAUUAGCCAAAUUGGAAAAGGAUGCAGACAGUAGGAGGUCUGCAAUGAAAGCACUGAAAUUAUAUGUGAAAGAUAUGGAUUUGAAAGCAAUUCCACUCUUUCUUGCUCAAGUUUCGGAGACAAAGGACGCAGGUUCGUCUCCAGGGGAGUACACCAUUUCCAUCUAUGAAGUUCUUGCUAGGGUACAUGGUCCUAAUAUUGUGCCCCAACUUGGUAAUAUAAUGUCUACAAUUAUCAAGACAUUAACUACUAGUGGAGGCUCAUUUCCUCUCCAACAGGCAUGUUCUAAGGUGGUUCCUGCGAUUGCGAGGUAUGGGAUUGAGCCCACCACACCAGAGGAAAAGAAACAAUGGAUAAUCCAUUCCCUUUGUAAACCUCUUUCGAAUGCGCUUUUGGGUACCCAAGAGAGCCUAUCUUGUGGGGCUGCCCUUUGUUUGAAAGCUCUUGUGGAUUGUGAUAAUUGGAGGUUUGUUUCUGAUGAAGUUGUGAAUGAAGUUUGUUUAAAGCUUGCUGGUGCUUUGGAGGAUAAAUCGACUCAGACGAAUUCCCAUAUGGGUUUGGUUAUGUCUUUGGCCAAGCGUAAUAGUCUUAUUGUUGAGGCUUAUGCGCGGCUGUUGAUUCGUGCUGGGUUGAAUAUCUUGAAUUGUGGCUUGGCUGAGAAGAAUUCGCAGAAGCGUCUGACAGCCAUUCAGAUGGUGCAUUCCUUGAUGAAAUGCUUGGAUAUCAGGAGUAUUUUGUCGGAGUUGGACUCGAUUAUUGAGGAGAUGGAGAACUGUCAAUUGGAUCAAAUGCCAUAUGUCAAGGGAGCUGCAUUUGAAGCAUUACAAACUGCUAAAAGAUUGUUAGUAGAGAAAGGAUCGAAACUCAGUUGUGACGAGGUUUCAAUGACUGGUUCUAACUUCAGUAGGAGUAGUAAUAGCCAGAGGAGGCAGUUUUCAAGUUCUGGAAGUCAAUCACCUUUAUCUGUCUCACCUGAAUCACAGACCCUUGAUUCAUGUGCCGAGUCUUUUAUGGAAUCCCCAAUUUUAAUGAAUCAAGCUUCGUGUAACAUGAAUCAUAGGAAAAAGUUGAACCGGAAGCUGUGGAAUCCAGAAAAUGGAUACGUUGAUGUAUCUUUGAAGGAUGGACUUUUCUCCGAACUUGCUUGUGAAAGCUUCAGAUCUCAUGUAUCUUUAGAACAGGGUGAUAGUACAGAUAGGAGAAGUUACGCUAAUGGAUUUCCCGGCUUUACUCCUGGAAGUACAACAAAUGGAGCACUCAGAAGCCGGCCUCAAAGCCCAGCAAAUGGAGCACUCAGAAGUCGACCUCAAAGUCCAGCAAAUGGAGCACUCAGAAGGCGACCUCAAAGUCCAGCAAACGGAGUUCUUAGAAGCCGACCUCAAAGUCCAUCAAAUGGAGCAAUGAGGAGCCAAACUCCUAGUCCUCAGAGGACGCGCUCUCAGAUUAAUGUUGAUAACAUUAAGAUAUUUACUACUCCGAGGAAGCUUGUUCGCUCACUUCAAGAUAAUGAUGAGAAAUCAGACUACAUUGACAAUCAAUCUAGAAGAUUGAUAAGCCCAUGCUCAGCCAAAUGCGAAUGGAGUCCUGUGGCCAACUAUACUCAAAAUGGCUGUUCAAUGAAACAUAGGACCAAAAACGGUAGUAUUGGCAAUGUGACAGAUAAAUGCGAAGAUAUUUGUUGUGAUUCUAAUUCAGAAUCAGUCUCAUCAACUGAAAAUGCUCUGUCCUUUGUUAAUAAAGGCGAUGUCUCUCCCAAAAUGUUCCAUGUAGCUCCAAGUCAAUCUAGGAAGAUAGUGAAGGUUUCUGGGCGGAAGAUUUCAACUUUGCUGUCAUUGAUCGUCCUCUUACUUUCUGUAGGUCUUGCAUCAGUUCUGUUCUUAGGUGAGCAGAUUGAACUUAAUAUGGUUCCCACUUAGAAUUUUUGUUUUCUUUUAACAGAGUAUGAUUAGUUGGCAUGGAGAAUCAGUAUUUUCAGCAAAAGAGACCUACCAUCUAUUAUAGCUUGCCAAGAUGUAGUAAUUGUAUUUUGUACAAAUGAGUGCUACUUUUUUCAUCUUUUGAGAAAUUUCAAGUAGAUUUCUUUUGGGAAAAAUCAUUAUUGGAUUUCUUCUACCAUAA